AUGCCUCCGAAAGUGACUUCUAGUGUUUGGAAGUAUUUCACUAAAAUUGAGGAUGGUAAAAGUGUUGUGUGUAACUUGUGUAGUGUGAAACUUGUGUAUUGUGGUGGGACUUCAAAUCUAAGGAAUCACAUAAAGAAGCAUCCUGUGUGCAGUCCGCCAUCAACUCCGUCAAAGACCCCCCUGAAGCGGACGACACUUGACGUCACCGUUUCCACCCCUCCGAGGAUGCAGGCUGCCAUGACGGUGAGGGUUACCCUAGCGGUGACGGACUGGGUCGUACGUGACUGCCAUUCACUCAGCGUCGUCGACGGCCAGGGGUUCCGUGAUAUGAUGGCCUUGGCGGCACCGUCUUAUACAGUACCUACCCGGCCGACAGUUCGUGCGAGGGUUGAGAAGAGGUACGCAGACGAACGCUCCAACCUCAUCUCCCGGUUCGAGAAGGCGACGUCUGUCUCCCUCACGACAGACACGUGGACGUCCAACUCUACCGAGAGUUUUAUCACCGUGGAAUGCUGCGUCCAUGACAACGCCCGCAACAUACAGAAGGCCGGCACACUCUGUCCAGAGUGGGGAGACCACUCCUGCUUCGCCCACACCCUCCAGCUCUGCAUAAAGCCUGUCCUCGAACUUCCUUCUGUCUCCAAGGUCCUGGGCAAAUGUCGAAAGCUGGUAGGGCAUUUCAAGCACUCAACGACACUGGCCCUCAUCCAGGACGUCCCCACGAGGUGGAAUUCCACGCAGCUGAUGUGUAGCCGCCUCGACAAGCUACGCCGGGUGGUCACUGACAUCAUGCUUAACGAUGACGUCACGAAGAAGGCCGACCGCGAUCUCCUUCUGAGAGACGGCGAGUGGGGCAUCGUUGCCGACAUAUCCACAGUCAUUGGGCCGUUCACCCACGUGACCACCUUCAUGAGUAAGGACAAGGACGUAUCCAUCGGGGAGAUGUUUCCCAUCGUGUAUAGUUUGGUUGGGACAGUGGUUCAGCCCUGCAACAAUGACACAGCGCUGGUCGCCUCGAUGAAGACCACUCUCCGGGAUGAGAUGACGGAGAGGUUCCAGCCAGGCCGAGAUGAAACUGCCGAGUCCCUCCCGAUGAUCGCCUCACUUCUGGACCCUCGAUAUAAGAAGUUAAGCUUCCUGCCCAGGCAGCUACGACGAAGGACACACACUAUGCUGGAGGGCCGCCUUGACGAUGUCCCGCUCAAGGUCAGCUCGCGCGAUGACGGUGACUGUGCCACACCUGCUAAGCGACCACGGCUUGAGUUCAUGGUCACAUCCCCGGAGUCAUCGAUGGAGGACGAUCUUCAGCUGUACCUUGCCGAGAAGAUGGAUGAUGCAAUACCAGCCCUCGAGUUGUGGCGGCGCAACGAGAACCGUUUUCCGAAGGUCGCGCACGUGGCCCGUAGCGUCCUCGCGGUUCCCGCUACAUCUGUGCCAUCGGAGCGCGUAUUUUCGUCCGCCGGGCUUGUUCUGAACAAGUUGCGCAACAGACUUAACAGUGACAUUGUUGAUGCCAUCUUGUUCCUAAACAAGAACAUGCGUUCUGUGAAGUGUGACACUGAGUGA